AUGUCCUCGACUGGCCAUGAGCUUGGCAACAUGGCCACGGCCACGGCCAAGGGCAUGCGCGCCGUCGAAGCGCCGUCCAGUCCUCACAGCGAGGACGUCGUCUCCAAGAGCGACUACGCCGACAGCGAGCAGCUCGCGCGCCUCGGCAAGAAGUCUGUUCUGAAGCGCAACUUUGGCUUCAUGUCCAUCCUCGGCUUCUCGUGCACCAUCCUCAUCACCUGGGAAGCCACCCUCGUGCUCUCCGCCCAGGGCCUCGCCAACGGCGGCUACGCCGGCGUCCUCUACGGCUACAUCAUCGUCUGGCUCGGCAACAUCUCCGUCUUCACCACCCUCUCCGAGCUCGCCUCCAUGGCGCCCACCUCCGGCGGCCAGUACCACUGGGUCGCCAUGCUCGCCCCGCGCCGCUGCUCCAAGUUUCUCUCCUACAUCACCGGCUGGCUGGCGGUCGGCGGGUGGCAGGGCUCGGUGGCGAGCUCGGCGUUCCUGACGGGCACCAUGAUCCAGGGCAUGGUGGCGAUGAACAACCCGGAGACGUACGCGCCGCAGGCGUGGCAGGGCACGCUGCUGUUCUGGGCGGUGAUGCUGUUCGCGGUGCUGGUCAACGCGGUGGUCAGCUCGGCGCUGCCCAAGUUCGAGGGCUUGAUCUUGAUUCUGCACGUGCUCGGGUUCUUUGCCAUCUUGAUCCCGAUGGUGUCGCUGGGGUACCACGGCGAUCCGCACCAGGUGUUUACCGAGUUCCGCAACGGCGGCGGUUGGCCGACGCAGGGGCUGUCGUUUAUGGUUGGUCUGGUUGGUAAUGUGUUUGCCUUUGUUGGCGUCGACGCUGCCUUCCACAUGUCCGAGGAGACGCUCAACUCGGCCGUCACCGUGCCCAAGUCCAUCUUCCUGUCCAUGCUCAUCAACGGCACCACGGGCUUCGCCAUGACCGUCGCCGUGCUCUUCUGCAUCCAGGACCUGGACCGCGUGCUCUCCUCGCCCACCGGCUUCGCCCACAUGCAGCUCUUCCUCGACUCGACCGGCUCCGUCGCUGGCUCCACCGCCAUGGCCGCCGUCAUCACCGCGCUUGGCGCCUGCGCCACCGUCGGCAUGCUCGCCUCCACCUCGCGCGUCUUCUGGUCCUUUGCGCGCGACCGCGGCCUCCCCUUCUGGCGCGUACUGUCCCGCGUCGACGCCCGCACCACCGUGCCCCUCUGGGCCGUCGCCUGCACCACUGCCAUUGCCUGCCUGCUGGCUCUCAUCAACCUGGGGUCCGCCACGGCGCUGAACGCGGUCAUCUCGCUGUCCAUCUCCUGCUUGUAUCUGUCAUAUUUCAUCUGCGCGGCGCUGCUGCUGUAUCGUCGCACCACGUCGGGGUUCGUGAUGCCGGGCGCGGCGGAGAUGCCGGCGCUGGCGAACACGACCGGCGCGGAGCUCGUGUGGGGCCCGUGGCACUUGCCCGGCGCGCUGGGAAUCGUCAACAAUGCGAUCAGCUGCGUCUACCUGAUCGUCAUCUUCUUCUUCAGCUUCUGGCCGGGGAUGAUGGACCCGACGGCGGCAAACAUGAACUGGGCCGCGGCGGUGACCGGCUUUAUCCUCAUCUUCAGCAUCUUGUACUACGUCUUCUGGGCGCGCAAGGAGUACGAGGGUCCGAUUGUCGAGAUCUGA